UUUCAACCUUGGACUCCACAGUCCACAGAGAGCAAUAUGAGACAGAUAAAUAUUUUAAUGCCAACUCAGGUUUAGAUCCCCCUUAUUUACUGUUCACUUGAGUCAUAAGUGCCCACCGAUGGGGGAGGUUGUGUAGUUGUGUAUUGUUAGGCUUAGGGCAGGGCCUAUUGUCUCUCACCUGAAUAAAUGUUAUCUGAUCUGACUGAAGACCAUAUUAGCAUACAGGGUUGAAGGCAAGGCUGUAAAAACAGAGCUAAAAAUCAAUUGAAAUCCAUCUGAACAUGACCUGAGAUACAGUAGAACAGAGUACAGAGAAGUAAAGAGGGUUUUAAAACUAAAAACUAAAAAAGGGAAAAAUAUUGACACUUAAAUAUAUCAGAAGAAAUAUGGUUGGCUGUAUUACUGCUAUGUUAAUUUCAUUUUUGUUAAUCACAGAUUCAGUUGUUACAAUUCACUUCAGUGUAAAUAAACAGCUAAAACUAUUUAUACAUUAAAAACGAAAUAAAUAAUUAAAAUGCUGUUUAUUUACACUAAAAUGGACUAAAUGGACCCCUCACAACACGCACACACUAGCCACUGAACAAUGCCUUCUGUGUUGGUAAUUAGCCCAAAUAAACCCACACCCAAAGACCUCCAGUCAAACCCACAUCUAAAGGGUACUUAAAGACUAGACACACCCUGAAGAGUCAGUAGUGCUCUUUUUUGUGCUUUGGAGAUAGCAAAGAGGAAAGAAUAGGAAAACUAUUCAGUAGAGUGAUCCAUAGUGGGAAUUUAGAGAAACAGCUAAAAUAUUGGCAUUGGAUUGUGGGCCGCAGUAAAAACUAAAAUGCCACGAGUGUUUCUGGUGAAAAAUGUAAGGAAAAGAAACUGGAGUCUGCUCCCAGAUGCUACUGCGCAAGCGGAUAUAUACAUACCAACUUCUCUCUUUCCUCCUCUUUCCUGUUAUGGGCAGGAGGAGUGUGAGGCCAGCACUGCAGAGUUUCCCCUCCUUCCCUGCACAGCACAGAGAGGAGACACACACACACAGCCUCACUCUGAUGGCCUGGCCAUUCAGCUGCAGGAGUCCAGCUCACAGAGCUAUCUAAGGACACACAGGCCCCCUUACAUUUGCACCAAAAUUAAGAUAACCGUGGGAGAGGCGCCAAAUAAACAAUCACAUGUCUCACAACCUACAAAGCUAAAUACAACAGAGACACCGCCUAUUACACUAUCCUGUCCAGUGUGCCAUAAGACUUACAGCAACACCCGACUGGUAAAACGCCAUCUGAGAAGUCACAACGAUUCUAAGAGGUACUCAUGCGAGCACUGUGGCAAAGGCUUCAAUGACUCUUUCGACCUCAAGAGGCAUGUGCGCACCCAUACAGGUGUGCGGCCCUUUAAGUGCAGUGCGUGUGAUAAGGCCUUCACUCAGCGCUGCUCUCUGGAGACCCACUUGAAAAAGAUUCAUGGUGUCUCUCAACAGUAUGCUUUCAAGGAACGCAGGGACAAGUUGUAUGUGUGUGAAGAGUGUGGCCUGACUGCUCCCACACAAGAGAGACUACUCAAUCACCUCCAGGCUAAACACCCCAGCAGCGGAACUGCCAAACCCAAUAGAAGGAAAAAGCCUCCACAUGGCCGGGAAGGCAGUGCAUCUCCCAGCUCACCUCACUUCCACAAUACAGGGGAUUUUGAUGUGUUAAAUUAAAUUGAGUUAAAUUAUUGCGC